CAGGUGAUCGGGGCGUGGCGAUUGGCUGGCUGCGGAGGGCUGGGGGUGUGUGGCGCGCCCUGCCUCGCUGGCACUCGGUACCGGCUUGGCGGUGGUAAUGGAGGCACCAGAGAGCGGCUCCGAGCAGGAGCCAAUGACCAGGAUCGACGAGUAUGGGUUUGAGCGUCUGGCGGGCAAGGAGGCAGACGAGCUGGUGUCGGAUUACCAGGCAGUGCUGAACCGCCGGGCGAUCAAAUGGCGCAAACUCUUGCAGGGCAGCCGUCUGCAACGGAGCCUGAGAGUGAAACGAUACAUCAGGAAAGGCAUUCCAAAUGAGUAUCGCAGUCUCAUCUGGAUGACUGUCAGUGGAGCCCAGGAACAGAUGGAAAGGAACCCAGUUUACUAUAAGAAGAUGCUGGAAACGGAGGAAGAUCCAAAGCUGAUUGAAUCUGUAAGAACAGACAUUAACAGAACAUUCCCUGACAAUGUACAGUUUCGCAGAACAGCUAAUCCCUGCCUACAGCAGCCACUUUUCAAUGUUUUAGUGGCAUAUGGAAAUCACAACAAAGCAAUUGGCUAUUGCCAGGGGAUGAAUUUUAUUGCUGGCUACUUGCUUAUAGUGACCAAGGAUGAAGAGAAGUCCUUCUGGUUGUUAGACUCUCUGAUUAAGAAGAUAGUACCAGGUUUCUACAGUCCAACAAUGAUUGGACUAAAGACUGAUCAAGAGGUUCUGGCUCAUCUGGUUAGAAUGAAGGUCCCUGCGGUCGCGGAGUUAAUGGAACGGCACAAUGUGAUGUGGACCUUGGUUGUUUCUCGAUGGUUUAUCUGUUUGUUUAUUGACAUUCUUCCCGUGGAGACAGUUCUUCGUAUCUGGGACUGUCUGUUCUAUGAAGGAUCUAAAAUCACCUUUCGUGUGGCCUUGACAUUAAUAAAGUACCACCAGGCUUCAAUCUUAGAGGCAAAUAAUUUCCCUGCGGUUUGUGAAAAGUUCAAACAGAUCACACGUGGUCCUCUGGUCCAAGACUGUCACAACUUCAUGAAGAGAAUUUUUACCGAACCUGGAAGAUUGCCCCUCAGUACGAUCAUCAGGUUACGAGAGAUUAGCAGGGCUCAGAUAGAUGAUCAAAGUUGAUGUGCAUGAUUCAGCUCCAGCUGACUAAUUACCUCAGGACCUUGAAGACUUCUUACAUUCUUCCAAUGUACAUUUGGGCUGGAUUUGUCUCACCAGCAUGUCAUGUACUGUGAGCUAUGUCUAACCUGUACAGUACUGUUUUUCAAAAAGAUUGACUAGCUAUUUGUACAAACUUAGAAUUCAGGUGAUCAAAAUUACAACUAUUUGUUUCAGAUUUAAAGUAACAUUGCUAAAUGAAGGGCUGUUUGUACUCCUAAAUUUCUUGUAAGUUCUUACCAUUAAUUUAUAUUUACUUUUCACUCAAAAUAUAACUUUUUAAUGUAUUGUUAAAUAGAAUUAUCUAAGAUUUAGUAAGUGAAGAUGGUGAAUAUUAUUUUGAUAUCAGUGACAUUUGAUCAGGUGUAAUUAAAUUUUUGUAACCAGCACUGCCUGUCCAAUCCCCACACUAUGGAUGAACUGCACUGCCUUGGCAAGGCUUAUAUCCCAUAUCUGAUCAAGGCAUCGGCAUGUUUCCAGUGUGAUUUACAUGGAAUGCAGUAGUGUCUGAUGGCAGCUUGCAUCUCUGAUCUGUAAAGGCAAUAAUCAAACGUUGGCACUUUCCUGGAUACUAGAUCUGCUCUUUUAGUGCAUACAGGGUUCUUCCCUGUCUUUGCAGCAGUUGAUAUUUUGUACCUGUUUAUAAAAGCAGAAUUGACAAGAUGCUUAAAUGUAUUUUUUAAAAAAGUGGAUUUUUGUGCAAAUGUGAUAAUUAAACAAUAGUCUGAGCACUUUC